AUGGGAAACGCGGAGAGCCAGAGUGUAGAGCACGCCUUCUAUGGAGACAAGCACGCCAGUCUGGGCCGCAAGCACACUUCCCGCUCGCUUCGCCUCUCCAAUAAAGCCUCUCGCCGGACACGGCACGCUUCUUCUGGAAAAAUUAUCCACCGUAACUCUGAAGUGAGCACACGCUCCAGCAGCACCCCCAGCAUCCCCCAGUCCCUGGCAGAGAAUGGCCUGGAGCCCUUCUCCCAGGAGGCCAACCUAGAGGACUUUGGAAGCCCCAUCUGGGUAGACCGCGUGGACAUGGGCCUGCGGCCCGUUUCCUACCACACUGACUCCUCUGUCACGCCCAGCGUGGACAGCAGCACCGUCUUGACUGCUGCCUCCGUCCAGAGCAUGCCUGACUCGGAGGAGAGCCGGCUCUACGGAGAUGAGCCACCAUUCCUGGCAGAGGGCGAUGGGAGGUCACAUCGAUACGCCGCCAAUGGGACAAACUUCAUGGAGACUGCCAGCUUCAAGAAGAAGCGCUCCAAAUCGGCUGACAUCUGGCGUGAGGACAGCCUGGAGUUUUCGCUUUCUGACCUCAGCCAGGAGCAUUUAACGAGCAACGAGGAAAUCCUGGGCUUGGCAGAAGAGAAGGAUGCCGAGCCCACCCGGGCCGGCGGCACCCCCCAGCCGCUGGUCACCUGCCAACGUGCCAACUCCAUGAGUGACUUGUAUUCCCCCAAAAGCCCAAGCGCUACCGUCAACGGCGGCCCACGGAACGCCUUUGGAGGGUACUGCCGGAAUUUAGUGUCUGACAUCCCGGAUAUUGGGAGCCAUAAGAUGACAUCGGUUACUGCUGAGGAUGCACCUUCCUACAGCAAUUACAAUACACUGCCCUGUAGGAAAUCACACUGCCUUUCCGAAGGGGCCACCAACCCACAAAUUAGCCAUAGUAACAGCAUGCAAGGCAGAAGGGCGAAAACUACUCAGGAUGUCAAUGCAGGCGAGGGGAGCGAGUUCACUGACAGUGGGAUCGAGGGAGCAGCCACCGACACCGACCUCCUUUCCAGACGCUCCAAUGCUACCAACUCGAGUUACUCCCCGACGGCCAGUCGGGCUUUCAUCGGCAGCGACAGCGGGAGCAGCUCCACGGGCGACGGGCUUCGCCAGGGAGUGUACGAGAACUUUCGGCGGGAGCUGGAGAUGAGCACCACCAACAGCGAGAACCUGGAGGAGGCCGGCUCUGCCCUCAGCGACGAGCAGAGCAGCGGCACGCUCAGCUCCCCGGGGCAGUCCGACAUCCUCCUGACGGCCGCCCAGGGCACGGUACGGAAAGCUGGCGCUCUGGCAGUGAAAAACUUCCUGGUGCACAAAAAGAACAAGAAAGUGGAGUCGGCCACGCGCAGGAAAUGGAAGCACUACUGGGUGUCCCUGAAAGGAUGCACGUUGUUUUUUUAUGAGACUGAUGGCAGAUCUGGCAUUGACCACAACAGCAUCCCCAAGCAUGCUGUCUGGGUGGAAAACAGCAUAGUGCAAGCGGUGCCUGAACACCCCAAGAAGGACUUUGUCUUCUGUCUCAGCAACUCCCUUGGGGAUGCUUUCCUCUUUCAGACCUCUAGCCAGACUGAGCUGGAGAACUGGAUCACUGCAAUCCAUUCAGCCUGUGCAACCGCGGUGGCAAGGCAGCAUCACAAAGAGGACACCGUCAAGCUCCUGAAAACAGAGAUAAAGAAGCUGGAGCAGAAGAUUGAUAUGGAUGAAAAGAUGAAGAAAAUGGGUGAAAUGCAGCUGUCCUCAGUAACGGACUCCAAGAAGAAGAAGACCAUACUGGAUCAAAUCUUCGUUUGGGAACAAAAUCUUGAGCAGUUCCAGAUGGACCUGUUUCGGUACCGCUGUUACCUGGCUAGUCUCCAAGGAGGGGAGCUCCCAAACCCUAAAAGACUGCUUGCUUUUGCCAGCCGUCCAACGAAAGUUGCGAUGGGCCGUCUUGGAAUCUUUUCCGUCUCAUCGUUCCAUGCACUGGUGGCGGCUCGCACAGGGGAGUCCGGAGUGAGGAGAAGGACGCAGGCCAUGUCCAGAUCUGCCAGUAAGCGGAGAAGCAGGUUUUCUUCUCUCUGGGGGCUGGAUACUACCUCGAAGAAAAAGCAGGGAAGGCCAAGCAUUAAUCAGGUGUUUGGUGAAGGAGCUGACUCUGUAAAGAAAUCUCUCGAAGGGAUCUUUGACGAUACGGUCCCGGAUGGCAAGAGGGAAAAAGAAGUGGCACUGAGCAGUGUCCAUCAGCACAAUCCCGACUGCGAUAUUUGGGUUCAUGAGUAUUUUACGCCGUCUUGGUUCUGCCUGCCGAACAACCAGCCUGCUCUGACAGUCAUCCGUCCUGGGGACACCACGCGAGAUGUGCUGGAAAUGAUUUGCAAGACACACCACCUGGAUCACUCUGCUCACUACCUGCGUCUUAAAUUCCUGAUUGAAAACCAGAUUCAGUUUUACAUACCAAAGCCAGAAGAGGAUAUCUAUGAACUGCUGUACAAAGAAAUAGAAAUCUGUCAGAAAAUUACACAACACAUUCAAAUAGAGAAGUCUGAUGCAUCGUCAGAUAUUUACGGUUUCUCUCUGUCCUCCGUGGAAGAAGAAGGGAUUCGUCGGCUAUAUGUGAACGGCGUCAAAGAGACAGGCCUAGCUUUCAAGAAAGGCCUGAAAGCUGGCGACGAAGUUGUGGAGAUUAACAAGAAAGCUGCUGAGGAUCUGGACUCUGUGCUGCUGAAAGAUGCCCUUGUUCAGCCAUUGCUGUGUCUUACCGUGCGCACCUAUCCCGAGAUAGAGGAAGGACAGAAGCUAAUGCAGCCACCGCCGCGUCGCUUGGAAAACCCAACUGACUUGAGUGACGGCGCACUGGCAUUUGCUGGGAGUAACCAAGGGCACUCGCUUUGCGGCGACCCAGACAGCUCUGUUGAGACAGCUCCAGAGGAGACAGAAGCACAAGACGUGGAAUCAUCCGAUGAAGCCGAUAAGAUGAGCAAGAGCACAGAGCAGGUCACUGCUUUCUGUCGCAGUCUGCAUGAAAUGAACCCUUCUGACUCAAGUGCUCAUCCUCAGGAAUUUACGGGACCCCAGCUGGCCACCAUGAGACAGCUCACGGACGCAGAUAAACUGCGCAAGGUGAUCUGUGAACUUCUGGAGACAGAACGCACCUACGUCAAAGACUUAAAUUGUCUAAUGGAGAGAUACCUGAAGCCUCUACAAAAAGAAACAUUCCUCACACCAGAUGAGCUGGAUGUUCUCUUUGGGAAUCUGACUGAAAUGGUAGCGUUCCAGGUAGAGUUCUUGAAAACGCUUGAAGAUGGAGUGAGGCUGGUUCCAGACCUGGAGAAACUUGAAAAAGUUGAGCAAUUUAAGAAAGUGCUGUUUUCCUUGGGUGGUUCCUUUCUUUACUACGCCGACCGGUUCAAGCUGUACAGUGCCUUCUGUGCCAGCCACACGAAAGUCCCCAAAGUACUGGUGAAAGCCAAGACAGACACUGCUUUCAAGGCAUUUCUGGAUGCUCAGAAUCCCCGACGGCAGCACUCCUCCACGCUGGAGUCUUACCUCAUCAAACCUUCUAGUGGCCAUAAAAACCAUGAACACCUGCUGAAGGAGCUCUUUGCUCUGACUGACGUAGACAGUGAAGAACACUAUCACCUUGAUGUGGCCAUAAAAACCAUGAACAAAGUUGCCAGCCACAUUAAUGAAAUGCAGAAAAUCCAUGAAGAAUAUGGGGCAGUGUUUGACCAACUAAUAGCAGAACAAACAGGGGAGAAAAAAGAGGUUGCAGACCUUUCAAUGGGCGACUUGCUCUUGCAUAAUACGGUGAUAUGGCUGAACCCUCCUGCUUCACUGGGGAAAUGGAAGAAGGAACCUGAGCUGGCAGCAUUUGUGUUCAAAACAGCUGUGGUCCUUGUGUACAAGGAUGGUUCCAAACAGAAGAAGAAACUUGGAGGAUCACAUAGAGCUUCAAUUUAUGAAGACUGGGAUCCGUUCCGCUUUCGCCACAUGAUACCUUUAGAAGCACUGCAGGUUCGAGCGUUGGCAAGUGCAGAUGCAGAGGCCAAUUCUGUAUGUGAGAUUGUCCAUGUUAAAUCUGAGUCUGAAGGCAGGCCAGAAAGAACGUUUCACCUUUGCUGUAGUUCACCAGAACACAGGAAGGACUUUCUGAAGGCAGUGCACUCCAUUCUGCGGGAUAAACACAGAAGACAGCUUCUCAAAACCGAAAGUUUGCCCUCGUCCCAGCAAUACGUUCCUUUUGGUGGAAAAAGAUUGUGUGCUCUAAAAGGUGCAAGGCCAGCCAUGAACAGGGCAGUGUCAGCCCCAAGCAAGUCUCUUGGGAGGAGGAGGCGGCGGCUGGCCCGAAACAGGUUUACCAUUGACUCAGAUGCCGUCUACACGAGCAGCCCUGAAAAAGAGCCCCAGCAGCCCACGCACAGUGGGGACACUGACCGCUGGGUAGAGGAACAGUUUGACCUUGCUCAGUAUGAGGAGCACGAGGACAUCAAGGAAACGGACAUCCUCAGCGAUGACGAUGAGUACUGCGAGGCCAUGAGAGGUGCCGUGGCCGACCGAGACCUUCGGGCGGCCAUCACGAGCAGCCAGCCGUGCCGGGGAGACCGCCCGCGCCCGGCCAUGGACACGCAUGCCUCCAGGAUGACCCAGCUGAAGAAGCAGGCGGCCUUGACCGGCAUCAACGGCGAUGUGGAGGGCCACGGCGAGGAGGUCAUCUGGGUUAGGCGCGAAGACUUUGUCCCCAGCAGGAAACUGAACACGGAGCUCUAA